AUGGAGAUUGAAGGCAAAGAAGUCAGAGCUCAGAUUUGGGAUACUGCUGGUCAAGAACGCUUCCGUGCCGUCACUUCCGCUUAUUACCGCGGCGCUGUCGGAGCACUUGUUGUCUACGACAUCAGCCGUCGCAGUACCUUCGAGAGCGUUGGACGUUGGCUCGAUGAGCUCAAGACACAUUCGGAUAAAACGGUGGCAAGAAUGCUGGUGGGAAACAAGUGCGACCUAGAAAGCAUGAGAGCUGUGACUGUGGAAGAGGGCAAAGCUCUAGCGGAAGCUCAAGGACUAUUCUUCAUGGAAACAUCGGCUCUUGAUUCAACAAACGUUAAAACUGCUUUUGAGAUGGUGAUCCGAGACAUCUACACUAAUGUUAGCCGGAAACAACUCAACUCCGACACAUAUAAGACCCAACUGAGCGGGAAGAACAGGGUUAGUCUGGUAAAGGACGACAAUUAAGGGCUCCAAUCAAGGCUUCGGUUUCUCUUGUUGUUCUUCCUCGUGAUCUCAUUUUGGUUCUGACUAUUUAUUCAUUUGUUUCAUAAGAUUCUUGUUUUGUUUUUUUUCUUUCUCCUAGAGAGAAAGCCAUGAUCAUAUUUGUUAUUUUCCUUCAAGUUUGGAUCGAACUGUAAGACUUAGGAUAAUUAAUCAUUGGUAUUUUACUUAAAUACAUUAA